UGUAGGUGACUUUUUUUAACCGUCAAGAGUCGGAUGUUAUUUGGUUGCGGGUGGAGUCGAUUUAUGUUUAGAAUAGAGUAGCAACAAGUGUUUGAAAUUAGCAGAUUCAAAAAACCAACAUGGGUUGUGCGGUCAGUACAACGGGGGAAAAAGCUAAGGCUAAGGAAAUAUCCAAAAAUAUUGAUAGAGACCUUAGGGCAGCUGGAGAAAGAGCAGCCAGUGAAGUUAAACUCUUACUUCUUGGAGCUGGAGAAUCGGGCAAGAGUACUAUUGUGAAACAGAUGAAAAUAAUUCAUGAGUUUGGAUAUAGUGCUGAAGAAUGUGAACAAUAUAGACCAGUUGUGUAUAGCAAUACAAUACAAAGCUUGAUGGCUAUAAUUCGUGCAAUGGGACAAUUGAGAAUAGAUUUUGCUGAACCCAGCAGAACAGAUGUAGCUAGACAAUUCUUCACGUAUGCCAGUGCAGCUGAAGAAGGUGAACUUACCCCUGAGUUAGUAAUGUUAAUGAAAAAACUAUGGCAAGAUCCGGGUGUUCAGUUGUGCUUUGCUAGAUCGAGAGAGUAUCAGUUGAAUGACUCCGCUGCAUAUUACCUUAAUGCUUUGGACAGAAUUUCACAACCUAACUACGUACCUUCCCAACAGGAUGUAUUGCGCACUCGUGUCAAAACUACCGGCAUCGUAGAAACUAACUUUUCAUUCAAAAAUUUACAUUUCAAAAUGUUUGAUGUGGGCGGACAGAGAUCCGAAAGAAAAAAAUGGAUUCACUGUUUCGAAGGGGUUACAGCUAUUAUAUUUUGUGUUGCUUUGUCAGGUUAUGAUUUGGUUCUGGCAGAAGAUGAAGAGAUGAACAGAAUGGUGGAGUCGAUGAAGCUCUUCGAUUCUAUUUGCAACAGUAAAUGGUUCGUUACCACAUCUAUUAUUUUGUUCCUGAACAAAAAAGAUUUAUUCGAAGAAAAAAUAACUCGAAGUCCAUUAACGAUUUGUUUCCCCGAAUAUACGGGGCCUAACACGUAUCAAGAUGCUUCUUCGUACAUCAAGAUGAAAUUCGAGAAUUUGAACAAAAGAAAGGAUCAAAAAGAAAUAUACACACACUUCACUUGCGCAACUGAUACUUCUAAUAUUCAGUUUGUAUUUGAUGCUGUUACUGAUGUCAUUAUUAAAAAUAAUUUGAAAAUGUGCGGCCUUCUCAUGUGAGCGGAAAUUUCGUUUAUUGGUGAUCUUAGAGGUUAGUGUUCUAUUGUAUUGUCUAGAUAACUACGUGAGUAAAUUGAAGGGGCUACCUGCCCCAUUUUGUAAUAGUUCGAAAGAGUGAUUUUCACGUAAAACUACUUGUUGGUCAAUACAGAUUGAUCCAAUCAUAAACAGUAGAAAUAUGGCUGGUUUGUAGACCAAAUUUAUUUUUAUCUUUU